AUUUAGAGUGCACCCACUUUUAUUCCAGUCUGUCACUCUUCAAGUUAUUUUCAGCAUGUGAUGUUCAGCCAGUGAUGCAAUUGGGUGGUGAAAGUGGUGAAAGUUCAGUGCUCAUUGUUUCUUGAUAAAUUAUGUAUUGAUUUAUAUCGUAUUGGUAUGUAUCCUUCUCUGGAAAAGUGAUUGACAUGUUUUCCACAAUUUUGAGUGAUUCAACUCUGCGGUGAAAGUGGAGAAAGGUCACUGUCUACGAUGUAAAUGUCAGACAUGUUUCUCAAGGAUAUUUUAAGAACCAGUAAUACUAAACUGAGUAACUUGAGACAAGUAAUAGCUGGUGAUACAUUUGAGCACUUGUGCAAAAUUCGCGAAUUUCAGGAGGGUUUUAAGUUAGCAAAAACUGGAAUUUUCACCACGCGAAAUUAUUUAUGAGGCAUUCAUCUCCUAGCUUUAUGAUCGUAAAAAUUCGCAUUUAUGCCAACUUACUGUAUAAGCUUCCUAAUUCCGCCAAUUUUGCAGAAAUGGUCAAGUGUUAGAUUAACCGUGUGUGCUGUUACUUCACGUUUUAAAACUGGUUAUAAGAAAAUCCGUGAGAAACAUAUCUGACGUGUGCUUUGUUAGUGCAGGUGUGAAUUUUAAUAAAUUAUGUACUAUUCCGUUAUUUCUUUCGUACUUUUCCCUAAAAUGUGAUUGACAUGCUUUACAAAUUUUCGGUGAUGCAAUUAUGUGGAGAAAGUGGAGAAAGUUCAGCGUCAAGUGUACCUACUUAGGUGUGAAUUUUGAUAAAUUAUGUACUGAUUUAUUUCCUGUUACGCGUGAACUUUCUCCGAACCAGUGAUUGACAUGCUUUCCCCAAUUUUCAUCCUUGGCGUCGUCAUCGUCUCGAGUGCCGCCAUAGCAACGAAUAGUUAUAUCCUCUUCAGCAUCCUGAACCAGAGGAGGAUUCCCCCCUUGAAAUGGAUGAUUGCCAACUUGGCCUUUGUCGCCAAUCUGGCCGCGAUUUGUGGCGGGGUUUAUUUGUGCAGAGUGGAUAAAUUGUUUAAUACGUUGUGGAUCUGCUAUAUUUUGUCGUAUACGAGAAACACGGUGAUCAACCUGAUUCCCCUCUCCGUCCUGGGCAUUAGUUACGAACGGGUGCGUUCCAUGCAGCACAAUUUUGCGGGGAAAUUACUCAUCGCCCGAUUGAUUGGGUGCAUCUGGAUUUUCUCCUUCCUCGGGGGAAUUCCGUCCAUUUUUGCCACGAUUGUGGUCACUCAUACUCAUCAGGAUGGAGAGGUCCAUUCAGUCUGUAUUAAGACACCUCCGCUGGAGAGAUACGCGGUGGGAAUUGUGUACGAAUUUAUUAGAUCGUUAAUCUGCCACGUGGCCGUACCUGUGUACAUGCUCUAUGAAUUGUACAAAUUACGCUCCAAACUAAAACUAUUCUUCAUCUGCAAGAAAUCGGUCGGGACAAAACUCCACCGACGCGCGAGACGUGUCCGUUUCGUGUACGUGAACAGUAUAACUUUCAUCCUAAUCUGGGUCCCAUUCGGGUUGGGUUCUUCCUUCUACAAGAACACCACGCUCCAACAGAGAUACGACUCCUUCGUGCAGGAGAAAGUCGACACGUUGGAGGUGGAUCACGACAACACCGUGUUCUUCUACUUUCUCGCGAUUUCCUUCUUCAUCUACGUCCUUGUUCUCCCGGUCGUAAUUUACUUGACAGAUGCCGGGAAACUUAGGAACAAUGGGAACAAAAGUUCGGAAAUGGGAGAGAAGCAUGGUGGCGGAAAUACGAGAGCGGGUGACACAACGGUUCCACUCUCUUCACCUUCACCUGUGGGUUCUGAGAUUGAGUUGAAGGUGAAAAAGAGUGCUGCCCGACUUUCAAUAAGUGAGGAUGAAGGUGUCGGACAGGAAGACGAAGUUGUUAUGACCAUUAGUGCAAACAUCCCGUAAUUGGGGAGAUAGAUACAGACGUGCAAAUGUUGUUAAUGAUUUGUCAAAGUGCAAUUAAGAGAAUUAAGGAUGGAUGGAUGAAGGGAAAGGAGGUAUUAAGGAGUGAAACGCGAAGCAAUAUAGGUGGGGAUCGCUAAUGAAAGUUGGAGUGAACACUCUUAAAAAUAAUGUUACCCUUUUGAAAAGUAAAUACACUCUAAAUUUAGUAAGCUACGUAUGUACUCCAUAAAUCCAGACUACUUUAAUCUUGAUCAAGUUAACGUUACGCUGGAUAUAGUGUAAAUUUUAGUUUAAUUACCUAUCUUCUUAGUAAUGAAGUCGGACUCAUUUUCUUUUCGAAAGAGUGACAUUAUUUUUAAGAGUGAAUUACAUAUUAUUUAUUUGCCCUCCUCCUCCACCCCUUCCACGCCCAUAAUUUGAGGACAAGGAAUUCUGACUUAGACCACCUCACGUCCCAUGGUUGGAGCACGUAUCUACAUAUAUAAGUAAAUUAUGAACUUGCCCUCAGCUACAUAUGUCUGUCUGUAUGUGUGAAUAUACGCAUUGGUUCGUACAUUUGGUGGAGGGCUCUUUCCCAUAUUGAAUUUUAUUCAGGCAAUUUACAAAGCUAGAUUACAUAUGUAUGUACAAUGGGAAAUUACAGUGUAUUUUCGGAUUUUAAGUAUCAUAAAGCAAAUAAAGAAUUCAUAUAUUUAUGUAUGCA